AUGCUGCUGCUCCUGUGCGAGGCCUUCAAGGCGCACAACGAGCGCGUGCGCGACGCUCACCGCGACGUCCACCAGCUGAUGCUGGAGGAGGAAUGGCGCAUCGCCAUGCACACGCGUCAUUACCUGACUACACGGUGUCUCGAUGCACCGUGUGAGUCCGCAUGGAUGACCCUCUACAUGCACGGCUCUGAUGUGAAUUUUCUGAACGCAACGAGUUUAACCAGGUAA